ACUAUGCCCCAUGCCCGUUUAAUUCCAGACAUCCAAACUCCAAAUCCAACACCGCCCUCGCUCCCAAAUCUUCCCAACCCCAGCCAAACGCCGACCCAUAUUGUACAACCCCUCCGCUCACUUCCUUACUCUCCUCCACCCAUCCUAACACCCCCCGACCUCAUAAUCCUGACACUCAUAACACCUCGCAUUCUCAUGCCUACACCCCAUACAAACCCCCCUCUCGCCCUCAUAAUCGAUCCUAUUCGUAGUCUGGCACUUGCAACAAAGCCACUCCCAGCCGCCCUUCUUAAAAUGCGCCGUAACCACGUGACUAGAACUGAUUUUCUCCGCGACGGCUUGCACCAUAUCUUCUCCGCGUACGAUGGAUGACUUGGAUUUAAACUUAUGUUUUGAUUUCGGCUUCGACAUAAUUUUCGUGUUGUGAUAAAUGUUAUAAAGUAUCGAAAUGCAUGGACGAUGCGCCGUGAAUCAUUAAUACAAAGACUGAAUCACCAGUACAAAGGAAACAGAGAAUACUUUAUGAAUGUCUAAAGGGCGAAGGAAACGAGUCACGAGCAACAACCUCUUU